UCUUCAGCUACAGCAGCUCUUUACAGUAUCGCCAUCUUUCUCCCAGAAUCCAACCGGAAAGAGAGAAGGGAGCGUCAGGAAACUACUUCCGGGUCACUCCCAUGAAGUCUGCCACUUCCGGGUGGAAGUUUCCAAGUUAUACCCGCUUGCUCUUGUUCCCUCCCAGUUUCGAGGCCGGCUGGACCACGCCAAGAGAGUCGACCUGCUCUGCAAGUCAGGUUGUCCCCAUCCCAGUCAGUGCCUCAGCUUCCCUUUCCUGUCCGUACUGAGAGGGAGAGGGCAGCACCCAGGCUGUUUCCUCGCGGUCUAGGAGUGGACGCGGUUGGGGUGAGCCUCAGAGUGGAGCUGCUUUUUCCUGUUGUGGAAUAAACUCGCAUGCGCGAAGACUUCUUAGCGACUCAUUUGUGGGCGAACGCAUGCGCAGAAAAGGCUUGGGGAAUUGGCGGAUUUUUUGACCCUCUUCUAAGAGUGUGAGGUCUUGGUGCUGGUUGAGUUCCUGGGUGAACGCAGGUACAUAAAGGCACCUUCCGGCCUCUGACGUACUUGCACCCGCAUUUCCACUUUUCUCGGAGGUCCCUGCACGUCAUGGCUGAAGGCCUAGAGAUGGGUAAGGAUCCCAAUGACCCGACCCACUCGCGGACGCUCUUUGUCCGUGAGGACGGCAGCUCGAUCUCGUUCUAUGUGCGGCCGGGUCCCGCCAAGCGGCGCCUCUCCACACUCAUUCUGCACGGAGGAGGCACGCUGUGCCGGGUGCAGGAACCCGAGGCAGUGCUGCUGGCCCAGCCUGGGGAGGCCCAGGCUGAGGCCUUGGGGGACUUCAUCUCCACGCAGUACAUCACUGACUGCGUAGAGCGCAAUGAGCGACUUGCCUUGGAGGACUACCGCCUGGGCCGCCGGGAGCCCGAGAGCCCUGAGGCAACCUCGAGAGAGCCCGAGGAGGCCUACACUGAAGCCGAGGACGCGGCCAUAGUCCGCUACGUGAAGGACAAUGCCCGCUCCCCCAACGCCCUCUCGGGCACCGCGCUGUGGAAGGGGCUGGAGAAAGCAGCCCUCACCCAGCGGCCCUGGCAGUCCAUGAAGGACCGCUACUUGAAGCACCUGAAGGGUUUGGAGCAGAAGUACCUGGAGGCCGAGGAAGCGGUCAGCCCGGCCCAGAAGCCCAAGAGAAAAGCGGAAGAAACAGAACCUGACGACAGUGAACCACAGAAGAAAAAAGCCCCUGAUCUGCCUGAGGAAGAAAAUGCAGAGAAGCCAGUGCAGGAAAGUGAAACAACAGAAGAAGAGGUUUUGUGCCCUGCAAAUCAGGAGGUUGAAGAAAGUGAGGUUCAUGAUCAGACCCCUGACCUUGAAUUAACUGUUACUAAAAAUGGAGAGCUGACCAGUCCUGAAAAAAAUAACUCUAAUUUGAAAGAGGCUCCAAAAGACAGUGAGGUCGUUGAAGACUCUGUUGUAUUGGAAACACAGCCUGAAGCAGAAGAAAGCAGUUCAAGCCCUUCACCUGAGGUGGGAGCUGCCAUCAAAGUCAUCAAACAUUUAAUGGAGGAAUUUAGUGUGGAUCUAGCAACAGUUACACAAGCUUUCUUGAAAAACAGUGGAGAACUGGAAGCCACUUGUUCCUUUUUGCAGACAGGCCAGCGAUCUGAUGGUUAUCCAAUCUGGACCCGACAAGAUGAUGUGGAUUUGCAGAAAGAUGAUGAGAAUACUAGAAACAAAUUGAUAAAAAAAUUUGGUGCUAAGAAUGUAGCAAGGAGGAUUGAAUUCAGAAAGAAUUAGUGCAAGAUGUCAGGAGAAAAGAUCAGACUAAGUUUCAUAGAAUGAGCAGUUGUAAAAGGUGGGGGAGUUGAAAAGACUGAUGCUUGAUUAGUAACCAGUAUUAUUAUUGAUCUGUUAACAAAUGUGACUAUGUAAGAAAAUUUAAAAGCAGACAAAUUUGGAAAAUAUGGUAACACUAGAUAGUCAUAUAAUACUUCAAGAUCCCAAAGUGCUUUUCAUAUUCCCUCAAAUGUUUUAUCCACCCAGUCAUCGAUAUUCAGAAUUAGAUAUAUUGAAGGUGGAGUUUCUUUCAUGCUCUUACUUGGUUCCUAUGUCCAGGUAUCUGCUGUAGCAUGCUGUCUUCCAGGAAUUGUUUGAAAUAUUUAUUAUUGUAAAUUUUUAAGCCAGAGCAUGCUAGUUUAUUUUAACCUAUAAGUAUUGCUCCUUUGGCAUUAAGCUAGUGCUAUUUCUGCAAGAUAAAAUAUAAAUUUAUGUUGUGCAUUAAAAAAUAAUAAUCAGGACCUUAAAGCUGUCUGAAUGCCUAGUCAUAGUAACAAAGAUUUAAAGCUGGAAGGGACCUUAGGGUCCAUCAAUUCCAGUCCCUUCAUUUUAUAGAAGAAACCAAAACAAAGAGGUUAGUUAAGUGAUUUACCUGGGAUCCCACACCUAUUAAAUGUCUGAGGAAAGAUUUGAAUGCAUGUCUUCCUAAUGCCCAAGUCUGGUACAUUAUUCAUUCUGCAGUAAUACUCACUUUAAAAAAAAAAAAAAAAGUAAUAGGCUGCAGAGGAAGGUAAAAAUUCUACUAUGUGAUUCCUAUUGUUCUCAUUGGAUGUAGAGGGGAUUUGGGAUCUUGGAGGUCAUCUGUUUCAAUGAUCUCAUUCUUAAGAUGAGGAAAUAGGUCUAGGGAAAUUAAGAAGUAAGGUCAGUUACAGAUUUAAUAAAGCUCAUAGAUGGGAAUUUGUACUCUUUGACACCAGAAGCAGUAUCCUUCCACUGCUAUUACAGGGUCCCUUGGCAAAGAGCGAUGUAAAUUGGUUGAACCUGUGAAAACCUAGUAAUAUUAAAAGCUAGUUAUGGGUCCUUUGAAAAUUGCUUGGUUUUCAAUGCAGCCAAGAUUAGGAGGGAUGCAAAAAGAUGGGGAAAAAAAUUUUACAUCCAGUAUUUCUGAUAAAGACUUCAUUUCUAAAAUAUAUAGAGAAUUUACUCAAACGUUUAAGAAAUCAAGUUAUUCCCCAGUGUGGUCAAAACAUAUGAACAGAUAGUUUUCGGAUGAAGACAUUAAAGCCAUUUCUAGUCAUAUGAAAAAAUGAUUUAAAUGACUUGAUUAAAGAAAUACAGAUUAAGACAACUCUGAGGUAUCAUUUCAGACUAUCUCAGAUUGGCCUAGAUGACAGGAAAAGAUAAUAAAUAUUGGAGUCAUGAAGGAAAAUUGAGACACUACUUCUUUAUUAGUGAAUUUGAAAAGAGCUAACCAUUCUGGAGAGCAAUUUGGAGCUAUGCCCAAAGGGCUGUAAAACUGCAUACUCUGAUCCAGCAGUGCUACUAUUAGAUCUAUAUUCCAAAGAAAUCAUAAAAGAUGGGAAAGAACCCACAUGUGCAAAAAUGUUUGUGGCAGUCCUUUUUGUAGUGGCAAGGAACUGAAACUGAGUGGAUGCCCAUCAUUUGGGGAAUGCUAAAUAAAUUAUAGUAUACAAAUGUUAUGGAAUAGGAUUCUGUAACAAAUGAUGAACAGGCUGAUUUCAGAAAAGCCAGGAAAGACGUGAGCUGAUGCUGAGUCAAGUGAGCUAAUCCAAGAGAACAUUAUAUACAGUAACGACAAGAUUAUGUGAUGGUCACGUGUGAUGGACUUGGCUCUUCAACAAUGAGGAUUCAAGACAAUUUCUAUAGACUUAGGUUGGAAAAUGCCAUCUGCAUUCAAAAAGAGAACUAUAGAGACUGAAUAUGGUCAAAGCAUAGUAUUCUUACUUGUAUUUACUUUUUUUUCUCAUGAUUUUUUUUCCCUUUUGGUCUGAUUUUUCUUGCACAACAUGGCAAAUAUGGAAAUAUGUUUAAAAGGACUGCACAUAUUUAACUAUAUCAUAUUACUUGCUGUCUCGGGGAAGGGGGAGGCAAGGGAGGAAAGGAGAAAAAUUUGGAACACAAAACAAAAAUGAAUGUGGAAAAAUACAUGUUUAUGGAAAAAAUGAAAUACUACUGAAAUUUAGAAACAAGAAAAUCACUUUGUUUUUACAUGACCUAACAAAGUGAAAGAUCAGAGGUUUUUAACCCUUUUUUGUGGUGUGAACUUCUUUGGAAGUCUGGUGAAAUCUUUAAAACAUUUCUCAGGAUAAUGUUUUCAAAUAAUUGAUGGAAAUGCUAAGAUUCACUUAGAAGUUAAUGAAAAUAAGGAUGUAAUUUUUUUCCCACCCAAGUUCACAGAUUCCUGAAAUUUCACAGAUCUCAUCCAAUUGACUAAAUACAGCUUGCUAACUACCAAAGAAAACAGCAAUUAAAUUUUGAUUACCUGACUUUGAAAAUCAACCACUAAGCUAUGGCUUGAUCCAACCAUUUUUAAAAGCAUUUUUAGAGUAAAUUGAAGAAAAUAGCCCAAACAUUCAUUUUCUUACCCAGUAGCAUUUAUUCACAAAUUCAGUAGCAUUAAGUGCCUACUGUGUGCUAGGUCUUGUGCUAUGCUGUGGAGACACAAAAUAGAGGACCGUCCUCACUCUCAAGUAGCUUAUGUUGAGAAAGAUAAAGAUGCCAUAUUUCCCAAAAUGUAGAAAAGCGAUUUUUGUAGCAGUAAGGAGCAGAAAAUGUCCAUUGUUUCAGGAAUGAUAAAACAAGUUGUGGUUUCUAAGUAACAUCACUGUGAUAUAAGAAAUGAAUGCAGAAAAACAUGGUAAGACUGACAAAAAAGCAGAAGAAAGAAAUUAAUAUACACAAAGAUUACAGUAAUAUAAACUGAACGAUCAAUAGGAACAAAACUACUGAAACUGAACUGACUUCAAAAUAAUAAUGACUAAGCUUGGCCUAAAAGAAGAAAAAUGUUAGAAGAAGUUGUCUUCCCACUUCUUUGUAGAGAUGGGGAGUUAUGGAUGGGGAACACUGUAUAUAAUGUCAGACUUUUGUGUUGAUAAGUUUGCAGUUUUUCACCCUCAUUCUAAGGGAUACUGGUAUAUAUUGAAAAAUGUGACAUAAAAACAAAAAUUAAAAUUGGUUUAAAAAAUUUCCCAUCCCUUUUGCUUUUUUUUCUCUGUAGGGACCAUGUUUCUUAUUUAUAUCUUACUCUGACAUUUAUAACAUGAGACAUAAUCUAAAUAAAAAAGAGAAUUCAAGACUUAUUUGAAUUUCCCUUGUUAUUUGCUAAUAGAUUUAUGCUGAAGACUAGCUGAGACGUAAAAAUCAUACAGAAAUUUAAUUUCAUACUUUGACCUUUAUUUGAAAUAAACAGCUUUGUAUCUAA